CUGCAGUUUGUGCACAGUUGUUGCUUUUCAGCAGCUCUGUGAAGACUGAGCGCGUACAAGAUGGCGUCCCAGCAGCUCUGUUUGAGGUUAACGGGGCUGGCUGUUCUGCUGACACUGCUGGCUCUCGGAGAUGUAUCCAGCGACCGCAGCCUGCACAAGAUCUUAAAGAAAAGAGAUGUGGCAGGAGCUGGUGCCGCCCCCUCAAAGUCCUCCAUUGCUGUCCCCUCUUCCAAGGCUCAGGAGUUCCUGGCUAAACUGAGCAGAACCAGGAGGAACGUCUGGGAUCGCAGUAGACCGGACGUACAGCAGUGGAUUAUGCAGUUUAUGUACAUGGGAUUCGACGAGCAGAGGCUGGAGGCUGACCUGUCAUACUGGAUGGACCACGCUCGCUCCAACGAUCAAGGCCGUCAGCACCACUAUGAUGAAAACUCCCCCAUCGGCCCGCGUGAUCCCGGUUCUUACAGACACGGAGCUAAUGUCAACUAUGACUACUAUUAACUCCAGCCUGUGAUAGUCUGUUGGUUUGACACCUGUCACGACUGCUUUUGUUGGUUUGGUUACACCCACCAGUAUAACUCACUCUACUUUUACUCUCCUUCCCCACAUAUAACUUAGAAAAACUGAAAUAACAAACAGAAUGCAUUUUUUGUAAAUAAAAACAGUCAUUUUCACAAUCACUUUCAAAUGAACUGUGUUUAGCAACAACAGUUUUACAAAGUGUUCCUGAGUCCAUGUAGUA